UAGUGAUAAUGUAAAUAUGGACAAUUGGUAAUAGAGAAACAGUAGUGUUGUAUUUUAUGUUGGCUACUAAACCUUUCACUUUUUCAAGGAUUUAUGUUGUUACAAAAUGUUAAUUUGUGGAUGUGAUAUUGUGCAAAGAUGAUAAAAAGAUGUAUAAAAUAAUAUAAUUUGAUUUUGAGCUGCAGACAUCAUAAAAAAACAAAUAUGGUAGCCUGUAACAUAAAUAACAAAAAUCUUUCUUAUUUUUGGCAAAGAAUCUAUAAAUUUCUUUAAGAUAUCAUCGAUUGAGUUUUAAAACGAACAUCUCUUGAUUUUCUUUGUAGGGUUUGUACGUUGUACACAAAUACCUUUUGUCCCAGUCGGCUUGCCGUACAGCACCCAGCCGUUACGCACCUUAUGUGCGUGUUUGCGUCAUGGAUUUUCCCACGUGCAGAUGUUUAUGCUCCUCGUGCACGUCUGCCAGAGACAGUCAGAAAGAUUUAUAGAAAGCAAAGGGAGACUGGAGGAAAACCUACAAAUAUUUUAACUUAAAACAUUAAAUUAAUGAAUGAGAAAACUCAUUAAUACGGAUUUAUGUUAUAUCGCCGACUGUUUUAUGGUGUAACACACUCCUCUAAUAAGGGGACUAUUAUGCUGCCUUCAGGACACAUAGGAAAAAUAAUACACAUAAGCUUCAUGUUUAAAGGGUCGUUAACUUACAACCCUGAAACAUGUCUACCUUAAAAAAUAUCUGUGUGGGACUAAGAAUUAUAGAAAAAAGAUGAAGAAAUUUCAGUUUUUAAAAAUGUAUUUCCUAAGGCAUAUUGGUUGAUAGAAUUAGGAAAGAAAUGCGUUGUUUCAACCUUAAAGGCUCUUGCAACAUAUCACAUCCAGAAUGGGACACACCUGAAUUCUAACACAAAUCAAUUAUUUCACUUAUUAUUUAACACAACGCAACACUUUGCGUUUGUUUUGCGUCAUUUUGCGAUCGUUUCGCGUAUCCUUAGUAAUUAUGGAUCUCUUUGUAGUGGGUUUUAUGUGUCUUAGUUGUUGUUUGUACUUAAUCCACAUACAUUAUGACAUUUUUUUACUGACUUUAUUGACAGUGUUGGCACAAACAUACAACAUGUAAAGACGCAAACAGGUCAGUUGUGUCCCGUUAUGGGUGUAAUAUGCUGCACGAGACUGACCUUUAAGGUUGAAACCAGGUUGAAACAAGGAAUUUCCCUGACAUGCUUUCCUAACUCUUUAACAUCUAACAUCAUGUCUUGGGAAAUAAUAUAAAGUAUCAGUAUCGUUUCUUUUACUACUCUCAUCAUGGAACUUGAACGCCACAUCGUUCUACCAGUUAAAUCCCUCCCCGGAUUUGACAACACGCACCUUGACUGCUUGUAAACAGAAGCUCACACGUGACACCCCGAGAGCCGAGCCGCGCGACCGCAUUGUCUGUGGAUCGGACAAAGAGCGACAUCAGUCUGCGCGAGCAUCGGGGCAGGUAACCACGCAGACAGGUGUCAUGACAACCGACGUUAUAUCUUCCCCGACGUGAAGCCGGUGUCGGUUAAACCGCUGCGUGCGUCCGUUGAACUUCUUCAUGUCUGAAUCCCAAAUCCGACCGUUAGGAGGGACAACGACGGUAGCUGCGUUUUCACCAGCUCGCGCGCAGCUGGCAGCGGGUAAACAAAGCUGGGAAAAGCCUUUGUUUCACCUCCUAAUUCAGCCGGUCGGUUCGCUCGCUUCAUCUGCGCCAAAUCUUACUUUUCUAUCUGGCGUUUAACGUUAGCUGUCCGUAGCUAGCUGUAGCCUUUUAGCCUUCGACAUCAGAAGAGAUUUUUUUUUUUUUUUUUUUUUUCAGGCCAACGUUAAUCUGCUCGUCUUUUUUUUUUACUGGCUGGAUGAGAUGUCAUUCACGAUGGAGGAUAACUUGGAGUCCGGAUGGGUGUCCGUCCGACCCAGAGUCUUCGACGAAAAAGAGAGGCAUAAAUUCGUCUUCAUCGUGGCCUGGAACGACAUCGAGGGAAAGUUCGCCAUAACCUGCCACAACAGAACCGUACAGAGACGGAGCACGUUUCUGGACCCGCUCCUCGACGGCACUAGCCCCGCUUUUCUCCCUGCCCCCGGUGCCUCCGUGGCAGAAAAACGCACAAAAAGUCCUCUCAAGACGAAGAAAGAUGAAGUCUGCCAAACGGGUAAAGUUAGACCGCACUCUUUUCCCAAAGGAAAACCCGCAACAAAGACUCAUGUUGGAGGCAAGACGGCUUCAAAAACAUCGGAGUGUAUCAGCCACACAUUAGGGUCCUGGGAUAUUGUGACACCGAAGGUUAUAGAUUUAGAGAUCCUAGAUCUCGUGGAUGCCCCGCUGUCUCCGGAGGAUGCAGACCAAGAGGCCGGGGAGAGCAGCGGGCGUGAGGGCUUCAGCUGGGCCGGGCUGUUCUCCUUCCAGGACCUGAGGGCAGUCCACCUCCAGCUCUGCGCCGUCAACUCGGACCUGGAGCCGUGUUUACCCUCGUUUCCGGAGGAGCAGUCCGGCGUGUGGACGGUGCUUUUUGGCGCCUCCGGGGUGUCGCAGCGGGAGACGGACGCCCUGUGCUACCAGCUGCAGGUGUACCUGGGCCAUGCCCUGGACACCUGCGGCUGGAAGAUCCUCUCACAGGUGCUUUUCUCCGAAGGCGACGACACGGAGGAGUACUACGAGAGCCUGAGCGAGCUGAGGCAGAAAGGCUAUGAGGAUGCUCUGGAGAGGGCCAAACGAUCCAUGCAAGAGGUGUUGGACAAACACAAAGCCAUGGACAGCAUGGUGGAGCUGCUGCAGGUGUACCCCGAGGAGGACGAGGCGUAUGGAGAGCUGCUGGAGGCAACAACGCAGCUCUACCACUAUCUGCUGCAGCCUUUCAGGGACAUGAGGGAACUGGCAAUGUUACGCAGACAGCAGAUUAAGAUCUCACUGGAGACGGAGCGCCUGGGUCCUCGUCGUGUGGAGGGCCUGAGGAAAGAGGAUGAGGAGUGGCAGAAGAAAGCUCACGCCGCCGUCCUUUCCAUACAGGACCUGACUGUCAAGUUCUUUGAAACCACGACUCGGGCACAGAAAGCUUUGUAUGAGCGUAUGCGUGCUGACCAGAGGAAGUUUGGGAAGUCAGCAUGGGCGGCCGCAGUUGAACGCAUGGAGCGGCUUCAGUACGCCUUUUCCAAAGAAACUCUGCAGCUGAUGAGGGCCAAGGAAAUCUGCCUGGAGCAGAGGAAACAUGGCUUGAAGGAGGAGAUGCAGAGUCUGCAAGGUGGGGAGGAUGCCAUGCUGCGUCUGGACCAGCUGGAGGCGCUGUACUACGAGUUGCAGCUGCAGUUGUAUGAUAUUCAGGCGGAGGUGCUGCGCUGUGAAGAGCUGCUGCUCACUGCCCAGCUGCAGAGUCUGCGGAGGCAAAUGACAGAGCGACAGGAUGAGGUCGUGUACUACGAUGCCUUUGAAAGCCCUGACGCCAUGAAGGGCGACGAAGAUCCUGCAACCACGCCGUCCCCCCUCAGAGAUGAAGAACUCGGCAUCCUACAGCAGAGGACGCGGCAGCUCGAGGCCCGCAGGGGGCGCAUCACUGCCAAGAAAGUCUACCUCAAAAACAAGAAGGAAAUCUGUAUUGUCAAUCACAACCAGAAGAUACAACAGCGACCAGGUAGCCAUGCUGACAGUGACUUCCCACGGUCACUGCAGGGAGGAGACGCUGAGGAAGAUGAAGCCAGGAGCAAUGCCAGAGUGAGUCAGGAGAGGCAGAGGACUCUGGACAGACUCCGCAGCCUCAGACAGCGUUAUCCAGGCCAGGUGACUGUGAAGUCCAGCCGGAUGCGUCUGAGCCAGUCUCAUGUCCGGAGGAGAGCCGGUCAGCAGCCCAACACCCAGGCGGCCGGCGUUCAGACUGACUGCAUCUCAGAUCUCCCAGAACUCUCUGCUCCUCCUCCGCCGGACGCUUGCGGCUGUGACAGCGUCUCUUUACCUACUGUUGAACUCCAAAGUCUCGACUCUUCACCUCCCUUUCUCUCACUGCCUCCCCUCCCAGCCUCCCCAUCUAUUCUAUCACUGGGUCCUCCCCCUCCCCCUCCUCCCCCACCACCUCCCCCGCCUCCUCCGCCACCAUCAGACGACCAGCAGCAGGUUGACGGGAGGGAGAGGAAUCCCACAGACAGUCCAGUGCGGCACCACACGUGCGAGUCUGAAUCUCCCUCCCUACCCCUGGCUCCAUUUUCCCCUCGUUUCUUUGACAGCAGUGAGCUGCUGACAGCGAGGACGAAGCUGAGGAAGACUGCCUCGCUGGACUCGUCGCAGUGGAGGAGAGCGAGCUCCCCCAUGGACGAGGUGCUGGCUUCCUUAAAACGGGGCAGUUUCCACCUGAGGAAGGCCGAGCUGCGGGUCCUGGGCCCCGACCCGGACGACGACAGCAACAACAUCCUGGCUCAGAUCAGGCAGGGCGUCAGGCUGAAGAAGGUCCGGACCCGGCCGGAGCAGCCGCGACACCCCAAGAGCUUCACCCACUCGGCCGACGCUCUGACCCGCAGCAUCCACGAGGCCCUGAGAAGAAUCAAAGAGGCCUCGCCGGAGUCAGAGUCCGAGGACGAAGGCCUCCCGUGCACUGACUGGGAAAACUAGUUAUGCUUACUGGAGGAAUAUUUUUUAAUGUUUUAUGGAUACGUGGAGCCAAAAGAAAACAGUGGCUCGAAUCAAGCAGACGAGCUGGAGACACCUUUGAACAAAAAAACUAGAUUUUUUUAAAAUCAGAAACUACUCAGAAGUAUUUUUUGUCAUUCUUCUGUAUGUUGUUUGUAAAGAUGGACCACUAAUCUUUUUUUUUUUUUAAUGUUCUUGUUGUUGUUGCUGUGGCAUUCUUGGCGAGGAUACAACCUCUAACCUCUCAUUAUGUCGGUCUACAUGUCAGAGUCGUACUGUAGCUUGCUGUGAUGGGUUUGUUUUAGGAAGUGAGUAUUUUUGUCACAGACUCAGCUCUUCACUGAACACACGUGCUGCACACUCAUACAUUCAGCUGUGUGACAACCAUUUGUACUGUAGGAUUUUCUCACUUCCUUACAGGAGAAGUUUGACAUUGUGGGAAAUCCAGCUGCUGGCUGUAGCUUUGUAUUAAGCAAACACAAAUUAGAGUGGGAACGAUCUUCUCGUCUCAUCGCAUCUCGGCAAAACAGUAAAUACUGUAGUGCAUUUCCCAAAAUGUCAAAAUAUUACUUUAAAGGAUAAUUUCAGUAUUUUUAAACUCGAAAAAAUGACGAGUAGGUACAGAACACGUCCACAAAAAGUCUCGCUCAAGGACAAUUCUCACUCUGAAAUAUGGUGAGAGGCGGGCUGUUGCAGGAAGACGACCGUGGAAACGAGAGUCAGAGUUGGAGAGAGGAGUUUAUAGAGGAGGAGUAACGUUAGGAAAAUAAAAGUGUUACUAUCAGCUCCUCUAUGUACACAUCAAACGCCUCUCCCUCGUUUCCACCGGCGGCAUCCUGCAGCAACUCUCUUCCCACGAGAUUUCAGAGUGAGACUUCAGUUUCCUGUUAAAAAAGACCACCGGGAGUCACUCGUGGGGAUCCUGUCUCCGAUGUUGUUAGACACCUGGUGUAACAGUCUGAGCCUGUUGGUGGCAAAAAGAAGCACCUUUUUUGGACGUAUUUUUGAGAAGCGCAAUUUCCCUGAAGAAAAGCGUUUCAGCUGCUGCAGCCACAAACCGGUUGCAACUACAGCACAGAUUCCAAAUUUUUUGUAACUACAAGUCACUUCAACACCAAAAUGUGUGAAAAUAUGGUUUUCCCAGGUUUAAAAGCACCAAAAUUAUCCUUUUAAUUAGUAAAACUGGGUCAUUUUCAUCAUCCUGGUGGGAAGAAUGCCAAAAACUGCCGUUGAUUUGUGGAUUCAGCAAAUCACCAAUGCCUGUUUUUUUUUCUUUUUGUAGCGUUUUCACUUUUUCAUAUAAGUCAUAAAUAUACACGAAUAGAAAUAUAUAGGGUGAAAUAUGAUGCAACAAGAGGAAGGGAUUAUGGAGGAAGGAUAUCAAACUCACAUUCAAUCUCUAUCAGAGACUGAGGUUUUCAAACUGCGAGGUGAAAGAGACAGGUGCAUGCUGGGACUUAAAGUCAGUUUAGCGCCCGAUUGCUGGGAAUAAACAACCAUAAAUGUGCUUAGAAAUCUUAGGAGAAUAUAAAUACGCUUGUAACUGCAGAACUUGCCUAAGAAACAUCACGUUUAUAAGUUUUCUUCAGCAUCAAAGUAGUCUUGUGAUAGUUGUCUGAACAUCUACGGGUACAAUGCAAACGGGAAAAGCUAACCGCUAAUUUGGCAUAAUUAUAAUGGUGCCAAAAUGAAUUUUUAAACAAAUAUAUGCUAAAAAUCCACAGCUCACUAUCUCCGUGACAUUAUACUUCAUGUGUACAUCUCCCCAAGGCAUUAUGGGAAAGUGUAAUUCCAGCAGGAGAGACCAAAUCUAUUAAUACAAACAGACCUGCAGUAUGUAAGAGAGCGAGAGAGAUUUCUGUUAGUAUAUGAUUCAAAUAAACUGUUUACCUGCAGUCCCACACAGGAUCAGACGGAGGCCCAGCUGGGUUAUUAGCUGUUUAUUCGCUGAGAUGGCGUCCCUGUGAGCUUUUAAAGGUUUAAACGGAUGCUGCCGCUAACAGAAGUGGUGUUUAGUGUUUUGAAACGACACUGGAAAUAUUAGCACACAAAACAGCUGCAGUUUUUCAGAUCUUUAUUCAUAACAAACCAUCUGCUGACUUGUGCAUCCUCUACUUCUCUUCUAAGGAUGUCAUUUUUAAACCGGGUCAGUAUUUUGAAAAAGAAAAACAAAUACUGUAUAUACACAUAUAAAUGAUUACUUGAAUCAAGCUUCUGUCAUUAUUUUUUUGUGAUCGGCUGAUUGUGCUGUCACUCUGAGAAGGAAAGAAAGAUGGACGAUUAAUGAGUUUCAUCAUGACACAUUACCAUUAAAUUACUCUUUAACAGGCGACAAUAUUUAAAACCAGCAGGCAAUGUGACGACAGAGGGUGAAAAUCUAUUUUAUUGAGCUUAAAAUACUAUAAUUAGAGCUGGAAACUAUUUUAAUAAUCGAUUAAAUCAUAAAACAAAAAAUUUUAAAGCAAAAACUCUCUGGUUUUAGCUGCUCCAAUGUGACGAGUUGCUGCUUUUCUCUGUUUUAAGUCACUGUAAACUGAAUAUCUUUGGGUUUUGGACAAAACAAGAUGUUUGAAGUUUGGGCGUUUUACAGACCAACUGAACGUAUUAAUUGAGAAAAUAACCUGCAGAUUAACUGCUAAUACAAAUGGUUAAUUUCGAGUAAAAUACUGAGUAAAUGUUUAAGAUGACUCCCCCUCCUAUUUAAAAUGCUUUAAACACGCUGUAUAACAAAUAUUUAGAUACAUGAUGCAGCAUUUUGAAGCCUGUUUGAUUCGUUCAGCUGGUAACUGACAGACCCAACAACAUUUGGAAUAUGUGAUGUUUAUAUUUAUCUUAUUUUAUUCCCCGAGAGACUCUUUCCGCUGCCUUUUUUUUUUUUUUCCCCCAAAGAUUUGUUUUCCGAGCUUAUUUACUUACUGGAGUUGUUGUUGUUUGAGUUUGGUGUGUGUGUGAUUUUAAACUGUUCUCUUAUUAUGUGUUAACUGUGUCAAACCUGUCUUUAACUGUAAAAAUACGUUCCUGUAUUUAACGAGUCCAAAGUACCAUGAGUUUUACAAGGACAUUAAUAUGAAGCUUCAGCCAGCCCACGCUUAGCUUAGCUUAGCAUAAAGACUGGAAACGGGGGGAAACAGCUAGCCUGACCUACCAGCACCUCUAAAGCUCACUGAUUAACACACGUCAUUGCAGGACUAUUAGCAGGUUGAAGCCUCUUUUCCCUUCAUACACAGGGUAAAGUUUGGGGUUAUGGCAGAAAUAUCUGUGUAGCAAUUGUUCAGCUGUCUGGGCUGCAGCUUUACCGUUUUGGUUAGUAGAACUAUUUUAAUAAUUGAUUAAUCAGCUGGCAGACACAGUUGGCGUCUAGCUGGUAAACAUUCGCCCCGUGAGAAGGUCCCACGUACAUUUACCAACAACCAGUUUUUCGUCACCUCUUGUGGCUGUUUGAGGGAAAACACCCGGUACAACAGCUUUUUUUUGCUGCCCUCGGCCUCAGGGGGGCAGUAAUGAGCCCGUCACAGUUUGUUGCACCGAACGAAAACUUACUGAUUAAACAAACGACAUAUAACUUGGUAAUAAGUGAGCUUUAAAGGAGCCGGUAGGCGGAUUUAUUUACCUUUGGACAGAUUCUGGCUAAAAAUCCUAGUCUUUAUGCUAAGCUAACCAGCAGCUAGCUGUAGCUUCAUAUUUGAGAGUGGCAUCAAUGUCAAAUGUCACUCUUCCUGAAUCGUGGAGUUUACAGCUGCCAUUCAGACAGACAUGUGUAAGAGCAAAGCAGAUAUUUGCUCAGUGACAAACUCCCUCUUGCUCUCUGUCCCGUCUUGUAUUUGGGCUCAUGAUACCAUAGUGCUUUCUUUUUCCUUUUUUAGUUAAAAUGUGUAGAAUCCAAACUUUGUGGAUUUUCUUUCCCGCCCUGAACGUGACACGAGUUUGACCUUUUAACCUUUACGACCUUAUGCAUGUGACCGGUUUCAGGACGAACCCAUCACAACGUAAGUGCAAUAAUUGAGAUGAAAAAGUCAUUUUAUGAAUUAAUACUGUAAUGAAAUGUAAAUCAUGAAAAAUAUAUAUCUGCAUGCCUAAAUGUAUUGAAGUAUUUAUUGAAACUUCAUAUUUUAAAUGAUUUUACAUACAAAUGUAAAUGUACUUUAUAAGGUUUUCUUUUUUGUUGCUUAUUUUGUUUCCUAUCAUGACAUUCCUCUCUGCUUUCUAUAAAAUAAAAUAAAGCACCAACAUGUCUUUUAAUGCUC